CAAUUCACUUUGACCUUUUGACAAACUACUGUCCUUGGCCAGCGUGUGUUUUCUUGCCGUAAAGAGGAGCUUAUAGACCCGCACCUUUCAAUUUCUUUAAGUGUUGCAAUUACUGCGGUGAACGUGGGUUUUGUACUUCUGUCAAACCGGUUCGUCACAUUUGAAGUCGGAGCAUUGCUCAAUAACAGGUUUGAUAAGAUGUCUGGGAACUGUAGGUCCUUGUUGUUUGCCUUACGUCGCUCUGUGGUGGGGAGACAGGCGUCCAAGAGCCUGCUGUCGCAGAGUAGUGCCGCAGGGACGGAGCGAUGUGGCCGUCCGCGGUUCCAUCACCACUGGACCGCCGCACUGAAACCCCGGCUUCACAGCCUCUACACGCUGCAGUCCCAACACGGGCUACACUCAGAGGCAGAGGCCCCCGUCAAAGAUGAUGACUACCCACCUCUACCAGACUACAACUCUAACCCAGGGCCGGAGAAGAAGGAGGUUUUUAUCAUCAGAGCUAAAGGACUUCCGUGGUCCUGUACCACUGACGAUCUCAUGCAGUUCUUCUCUGAGUGCCGUGUGCGUGACGGUGUGAAGGGGAUCCACCUGACGGUGAACCGGGACGGGAAGCCCAACGGCCAGGCCUUUAUAGAGCUGGAGCAUGAAGAGGACGUCUGCAAGGCCCUGGAGAAACACAGACAGUACCUGGGACCGCGCUAUAUAGAAGUGUUUGAGGUGACCAACAGCGAUGCCGAGGCCAUCUUGAAAAAGUCAGUUCAGCUCCCAGCCAGAGACGGAGUGGUGCGGAUCAGAGGUCUCCCCUACAGCUGCACCGAGACUGACGUCCUGCUCUUCUUCUCUGGCCUGGAUGUGGUGGAGGACGGGGUCACUCUAGUAACGGACCACAGAGGGAGGAACUCCGGGGAGGCCUAUGUUCAGUUCCUAACCCAGGAGCAGGCUGACAAGGCCCUGACCAGAGACAGAGAAGUCAUCGGAAACAGGUACAUCGAGGUGUUCCCCAGUAGGAGGAGUGAGGUUGGAGGUCGGAAGAAGACAGAGUCUGUUGAGGAGGGCAGAGACUCCAGACGGAGUCAACCAGACAGACCUGCAGCACAGCCCCCCAGACAUGGGUCUCGUCAGGUAUCUUCUAUGUCCGAACACUUUGUUCACAUGAGAGGACUGCCCUUCCAAGCCACAGGAGAUGACAUCGUUCAGUUCUUCUCUCCUCUAGCGCUGUCUAGGAUUCUGGUCGAGUUCGGUCCAGACGGGAGGGCCAGCGGAGAGGCUGAUGUGUACUUCACGUCACACCAAGACGCCGUCUCAGCCAUGACCCGGGACAAGGCACACAUGCAAGAGAGAUACAUAGAGUUGUUCCUGAAUUCAACAUCAACUGACGAGGGGGAAUGAAGUUUGCCAGGGGGAUUCCUACCGGCGGGCUGUCCUCUCCAAAACUAGAUGAUCAGUGUAGUGUGGUGAAAAUCCCCAUGAACUGGAUGAGUCAACAUUUGUAAGGGUGUGGAAAUUAGCAAACAAUUAUGUUAAAUAUAAUAAUAAACUACAUUCAUCUA